CGCAGCGGGUCCUGAAAGCGGCUCCGGGGCGGCGUGGUGGAGCACUGUGCGCGCCGAGCAGGCGGAGGGCUAGAGCCGGCGGCGGCAGCGGCAGCGCGGGCAGUCAAAGCCGACAGAGGCUGUAUUUCAGUAUUGGUAGUCCCGGCGGCCUCGGUGGAGGGGAUCUUACUCUCUUCUCUGUCCCUCGCUCUAACGCCUGGGGCAGGCGCGGCGGCCGUCCCGGAAGAGGCAACUGAAAGACACUCGAAUCAGACCUCCGAGAGAAGGGAGAGGAAGCUUGAAGAGUUAGUGGGUGAGAGGUAGAUUCUCAGGCGAUGAGGAGACUGUCGUUGUUGUUCGUAUUCUUGGCUCCGGCGAUGGGGGAGCAGCGGGGCCCGCGGGAACUUUGAAGACAGUGGGUUCCAGGGUGUGAGGGCUGCAGGCUCCCGGGGACUCCGGAGUCUCGGCCCCAAGUCAGUGGCAUAAGGGUCUUAGAACCCGGUGGGGCCCCAGCGCCGCCAGAGAAGAAGUUCUUUGCAACUUCUUCCGAGACGUCGGAGAGCCGGGUGGAGAGAGGCUGAAGCAGCAAGUCCGAGAUCCAGAGACUCAAAGAAACAGAAAGAGAAAGGAUCCGGUGGAGACCGAAGUGUCGAGGAGAGACUCCAGAGGCAGCGAGGCUGCGGAACCAGCCUGUCAGCCCGUGGGCCUCACUGCCCCCUGAGUGAAGCCAAGGGCUGUGUGUCCCACAGGCCUCCUUAAAGCCACUCCUAAGGAGGCCGGGGGCUCCAGGCCGUCCCGGAGGCAGGCCCCUAAACUAUGCCCCCGAAGCUGCUGGCGCCUUGGCGGCAUCUAGCCCAGGCCGGGUGCGAAGCCGCUGCCUGAGACAGCCCGGGAGGGAGCUACCAGGAGUUGGACGCACCACUCGCAGACCGACUGCACUAGCGCCGUUUCCCGCCUCUAGGCGCAGCUCUCGGUGAUCUCCGGCAGGGAGGCUCUGAGAGGCCCUGAAGCUCCCGCAGUGAUUUCUGAGCCCAUUUCGCACAGUGCUCGGCCUGGCGGCGUGGCUCCCUAGCCGCGCUGGGCAGCCCCUUGGCGCCGAGAGGCGGCAGCGUGGGCCGGCCUGCAGUCUGGAGCGCCCUGAUGGAAAUACACUGUAAGCACGACCCGUUUGCAUCCAUGCAUAGACAUGGAGGAGUGAAUCAGCUUGGGGGGGUUUUUGUGAACGGACGGCCACUCCCGGAUGUAGUCCGCCAAAGGAUAGUGGAACUUGCUCAUCAAGGUGUCAGGCCCUGCGACAUCUCCAGGCAGCUUCGAGUCAGCCAUGGUUGUGUCAGCAAAAUUCUUGGCAGGUAUUAUGAGACGGGGAGCAUAAAGCCUGGGGUAAUUGGAGGAUCCAAACCAAAGGUCGCCACACCCAAAGUGGUGGAAAAAAUCGCUGAGUAUAAACGCCAAAAUCCCACCAUGUUUGCCUGGGAGAUCAGGGACCGGCUGCUGGCAGAACGGGUGUGUGACAAUGACACGGUGCCCAGCGUCAGUUCCAUCAACAGGAUCAUCCGGACAAAAGUACAGCAGCCACCCAACCAGCCGGUCCCAGCUUCCAGUCACAGCAUAGUGUCCACGGGCUCCGUGACGCAGGUGUCCUCGGUGAGCACGGACUCGGCCGGCUCCUCGUACUCCAUCAGUGGCAUCCUGGGCAUCACAUCCCCCAGUGCCGACACCAACAAGCGCAAGAGAGAUGAAGGUAUUCAGGAGUCUCCUGUGCCAAACGGUCACUCACUGCCGGGCAGAGAUUUCCUCCGGAAGCAGAUGCGGGGAGACCUGUUCACGCAGCAGCAGCUGGAGGUGCUGGACCGCGUGUUUGAGAGGCAGCACUACUCGGAAAUUUUCACCACCGCGGAGCCCAUCAAGCCUGAGCAGACCGCCGAUUAUUCAGCCAUGGCCUCGCUGGCUGGCGGGCUGGAUGACAUGAAGGCUAACCUGACCAGCCCCACCCCUGCCGACAUCGGGAGCAGCGUGCCUGGGCCGCAGUCCUACCCCAUUGUGACAGGCCGUGACUUGGCGAGCACGACCCUCCCCGGGUACCCUCCGCACGUCCCCCCCGCCGGACAGGGCAGCUACUCAGCGCCGACGCUGACAGGGAUGGUGCCUGGGAGUGAGUUUUCCGGGAGCCCCUACAGCCACCCUCAGUAUCCCUCGUACAACGACUCCUGGAGGUUCCCCAACCCGGGGCUGCUUGGCUCCCCGUACUAUUACAGCGCCGCUGCCCGAGGAGCCGCCCCGCCUGCAGCUGCCACUGCCUAUGACCGUCACUGACCCCCAGAGCCAGGCAGGCGCCAAGCACUUAUGACACAUAUCACUGAGGGCCAUAGCCUCCCAGCCCCCUCCGAAGACAGCCAGAGGGGCCGAACGAGACCGUCCCCCAGCAUCCUCCCCCCACUCACCUGAAACUCCCUCUCCCCUUUUCCUGCCAGGGACUCUGGGGUUCCCUGGUAGGGCUGUUGGACACCUGUCCAUUCCUAAGAGUCCAUUGAGCUUCUCCCGAUGGUGACUGGAUCUCCACAAACCAACAGACUUCUGCAGACACCUGCAGCGCCAGCCCAGCCUGCCAGCCCCCCAGCUGUCUGACCAUCUACCUGUCUUCCUGCCCCAGGCCUGGGAAGGAGAGUUUGCUUUUGUUGCUUCAACAGAACCCAUGUAAAUACCUUCUUGCUUUUUUGUGGGCCCAAGGGUCCAACUGAGCAGACUGCCUACCCGUUACGCAUCCAGCACUCCCGAAGCGUCACAGGAUGUCUUAGACCUGUGCACAGAGCAUCCCCUCUGCCCUGGGUGUCCCCUACAGGUGGGCUUGGAGCUGUCCUUGAGACUAAGGAUGCCCACCUCGGGGCCCAGCCUCCCCACCUCGGGGCCCAGCCUCCUGCUCAUUGCUACUUCUUCACUGUCUGGACUAAGAGUCUCAUUGGGCUGGUUUUGCUCUAAGCACCACCCAACCAGGACCCCUCCCCAGGAGAAACACAAUGUGGGGAGAUGCCCUGGCUUCCUGCCCCCCAUUUCCCUGGGCCCAAUGCAGUGUGAGCAGCUCUUUUCCAUAUUAAAGGACUCAAAGAGAA